AUGGAUUCCCCACCACAUCACCCAAAAGUGAUUAGACGUGUGGAUGGCAUGCAGAGGUUGAGAGUUGGGACUUCGAUAUCACGAGCUUCGUUGUUGGCGACUUUGCAAAACUCACCACACACAGGACGAAUGGUUGUGAUGAAGAGAAACAUCAUGCGGAAAAUCCCCAGUCCGAUCAGAACUGCCUUGAUGACUCUCCGAGGGGGAACGACAAUCAAGAUCAGGCGGAUGAUCUCCGAGCCUUUCAACGUCGUGAAAUUCGUUGACGGUGAGCCGGUGCUGAUGCACCGGUAUCAUGAGUUGGUGAUGGAUCCCAGAGACCCAUGCAUUCCACUCAGUGAGCUCCAAGCCAUAAACGAACGCUUUCCGAUGACGAUGUCGCCAAGCCGAGGACGAGGAUCUGCAGGCACACCAACACACACGGUGGCAGCCCAGGCACCAGCAGCACUCGAAUCCGCAACAGCAGCCCCCGUACUGUGCCUUCAAAGAAGCUCGCCUCGGCAUCUCACAAUCAACGCUCCUGAUUUGUCGUCCACCACUGUGGAUGGCAAGACAGUCGACCCUUCCACCCAACCGCACCGUCCAAUCAGACCACCGCCCGCCUCGAGCUCAGAGACGAGUCGCGCUUGGAGGACCCACGCCGAAAAUGCACGCAAAAGCUACAUGAAGCUCAGUCGAGCGGUCGACACAAUCUUCCAGGAGAAGCAACAACUCGAGGACAGGAAUCGACAACUCGAAGAAGAGUUGCAAACACAACGUGCCGCCGCAAGUCAGCAACGAGCGUUUUUAAGCCACUUCAAGAUGAUGUUGGAGAGGGAAUCGAUGAAAGUGGAGUUGCUUGAGAAAAAACUCGAAAACGCAGCCGAAGUUGCAGCUGCAACUGAAGCCUCAAAAGCCAACAAUGUAAAGCGAUCAUCAUCACAACGAACAGCUGAGUCGACGGAGAGCUGGAGUUAUUCUGAUGAAGCAAAGUUCCAUGCAGUGAAAUUUCCCAUUCCAUUCCCUCCACCAUCGCCGACCGUGUCAAUGAUUCCUUCAGGCAAUUCAUCAAUCUCCACAGCCGAGACUGAUGAUCGCAAAGGCUGGGUCACCGCAACGAAGAUUCUCACUGGCUCCGGAUCAGAAGAUCAAUCUGAUCACGAAGGCAGCAAGGACAGCGAGAACCACCAACCGGAGCCCGCAUCUCCCAUCGAACUUCCAACCGAACUUCCAACCGAACCAACAACACCGGCCACCCACCCAGCCUUCACCAUCCGCACCACCCUCAACCACAUCAAUUUCAACAGCAGCAUCGACAGCCGCAUCACGCGUCACCCCGCCUUCUUCCGCAUCCCCAUCUCUCCGAUCCAGGAAACACUCGCUUCGGCGUGUGUGGACUGGUGCCUGGAGCUGUUUGGGUGGGAGUGGUGCAGUGUGCCGGAUUUGAAGUUGGUGGAUCCGUUCGCGGGGGAGAAGAGGAGGAGGAGAGGUUUUGGGAGAGUUUUCCAGGGUAGGGAAUUGGUGGAUUUGAGGCUGAGCGGUUUGAGGGGGGAGAGGGAAGAGGAGGAGUAA